CACGAUCAGCUGUCGGAAGGUGCCGAUUUGUGCGGGGGAGCGGCGCGCGCUCGGCAGAACCGCGGGGUCCGUACCGGCACCGGCACCGCACCGGCACCGCACCGGCACCGCACCGGCACCGCACCGGCACUACCUCAGCGCCUUCCGCCGCCUGGGACACGCAGAGCCGGCCUUUGCACUGAAGCCAAGUGAAGAACCUCACAACUGCACUGCACACCACUUAGCUCUGAUUUCUCUGGCAGCCAAACAUCUCUGUCACUGAGACCUCGAGGGCUCUUUUUCCCCUCUCUGCCCAUCUCUCCUGUGUCUGUGCCUGGAAGCUGGUGCCCAGCAGUAGCUCUAUCUCCCCGUCCAUCCUGCUGGACUGCUCCCCACCAUGUUUCAGCGUCUCACCAGCCUCUUCUUCAGUGACAGCAACACGCCAGAGGGCCUGGAGGAGCCCAAACCCUUUGUCGAGGAAGAGGAGGAGGAGGAUGGCUGGCUCAUAAUUGAUCUUGCAGGCAGCCGUGCCCGCCCCGGCCCCGCCCGGCGCCCGGGUGCUGGCGGUACCGGGCGCUUGGCGCGACCCCGCCCGACACCCCCCGGUCCGCCACCGCCGCCGGCCGCUUCCCCGGCUCCGGCCGGUCCCUGCUUGAUGGACGAGAGUUGGUUUGUCACCCCUCCCCCCUGUUUUACUGCAGAGGAGCCCGGCCCCGACGGCGUGGGGAGCAGCCCCAUGGAGGACCUGCUCAUCGAGCACCCCAGCAUGUCCGUCUACGUCACCAGCACCCUCGAGGUGGAUGGGGAGGGCCCCGAGGACGAUGCUGCAGAGGUCGCGCCGGAGCCGCGGCCGGAGCUGCCGGUGCCGCCGCACGGCCGGGCGCUGGCGGUGAAGGCGGCGGCGCUGGACAAGGCGGGGCAGGCGCAGCGGGCGCAGCGGGCCAAGCAGCUGGCGGAGCGGCACCGCCUGGCCCAGAAGGCGCUGCAGCGGCAGAACCGGGCCCGGCAGCGCCCGCCCCGCCGCGCCAAGCAGCUCCCGGGGGCCUUCGUCCACCAGCCCUGCCAGCGCCACUGCAACUACUGACCUCGCUCCGCCGCCCGGGCCCCCGGCCGGCCCCGGCCCCGGGAGUGCGGCCCCCACGGACACCGGGGACACGGCGGCGGCUUCACUCCACACCUCGCGCCCGCACUCCUCAUCUUCCUCCUGUAGCCCUCACUGCGCCCCUCACCCUCGAUGCCGUCUGGGCCACGACCCCUGGAGCCGCCGGCAUGGAGGGCCACGCCACCCCCACCCCACAGCCUCGACAGCCUUCACGUGGGAAAUCGGUAUUCCCUGUGAAAUCACCAGUUCCUGAAAUCCACCUGUUCCCGGCGAAACCUGUUUGUCCUGAUAAGCCUGUGACAUCAGUGCCUUUCCUCACAUCAUGACUCCAUGUACAGCCUGGCUGGGAUGUCACAGAGACACCGAGCAGGAGUGACAAGAGCAAUUAAGCCACAAGAUUUGGGAUUUUUAGGAAAAUCUCAUCAAUGACACUAAAUAAUGCUUCCACCCUGCAAAACCAGCAAAUACUCUACUCCCUCUUUGAUUUAUUAGCUACAUUUUACCAUGCUAAGAUAACCCCCCACUGCCAGUCCUGAAGGGGCUUGUGGUUGAAAGAGCUGGUGGAAUCUCCAUGGCUGGGUCAGCCAGGUGGCUCCUGGUGCCUCAUGGUGUUUUUUUUUUAAAUCAACCUUAAAAAGAAUCUCAGGAAUCAAAACACCGUCCCAGCGCCGCACCGGAGCCCUUGGCUACUGUGCCAGGAAGGGUGGCCAUCCUGGGGUGGCAUCACCAUGGCUGGUGGUCCCAUCUGAGUGAGCCCCUUCCUCCUGGAGCCAGUCACCUGCCACACCUGUAUCCCUGUGGAUACGCCUGUAUAUGUGUGUGUAUAUAUUUCUCUCUGUACCUUUAUACUCAGAAGAGGCACUGGCAGGCUGAGGAGCAUUGUCUGCCUGGUGUCAGUCCCUGGAGGGGAGCGGAGGCAGGGAUCUGCACAGCUUCCCUGAGGUGGCCAAAGCACGUCCAUGGUGGUGUUGAAGAGAAGCUGAAGAGGAGGCCAGAGGGAAGAGGCUGAAGUAAGGACAAAGAUGGAUCAGGGAGCCACUGCAAUGUGUCAGGAUGGGGCAGGCCUGAGUGAGAGGAUUGCUCUAACAGGAGCUGUAACAGAAGCAUCUUUUUUCCCACUAAAAAUGGCAUCCUUUCCCACGAAGGGCCAAAUUCCACUGCUAGACAAUGCUAAUUUUUAAUGCAAAUCCCUCCUCUCUCCGUGAUGGACUCCUUCUGCCUUUGGAAGAACAUGGUCCAGGCUUUUCACUGACUCCAGCAUCAGCUGAGACAGCUCCAAAUCCAGCAGAAAUUUGCUGAUCUGCCCCCAGUUUGCUCCUUUUAGGAACUGGUUUUGCACCCUGUGCCCUGGGAAAGCGUCUUGCUCAUGACCAGCUCACAGCCUGGAUUCCCACCCUCUGAGACAAGAAAUACCCCCACAACACUCCAGAAAAUUCUGAUUUCACCAUAGGUUCUUCCACUCAUCGUGUUGCAUCCUUUAAUAUCAGCCAGAGACCUCAGCUGAAGGAAUUGUGGUGAGCCCAAGCUGAGACAGCUGAUAGUUUAUAAUUUUUUAAAUGAGAUUAAAGCCAAAAUGAACUUUCUUAGUAGCAACAGCCCCUAGCUCCAGGCCAGGGAGCCUGAACUGCAGUACCUAGCUGCUGCUGCUCACCUGAAGCAUUUCCCCUUCUCUCCACUGCCUUGGCAUUCCCAAAAGCACAGAGCUGGGAACUCCGAGCCCUUGGCAUUGCCCUGCCCUCCUUGGGCCCCACCACAGCCUCUGUCCCUCACCAAGCCUGAGACCACCCUGAGAUCACCCUGUUCUGUCUCUGGUGUAUUCUUGGUGAAGAGACUGACAUCUCCUGACUCCAGGGCAGUGUUUACACCCUUUGACUUCCUGGGCUUCACACUCAAUGCCUUUAUCUCCCCCUGCAGUGAUGCCUGGGAUGGACUGGGAGCAGGGAUGUGCAGGGACACUGGCACAGGUGCUGUGACAGCAGGCAGGGCUGAGCCUGAGCUCCAGGUGUCUGAUGAGGUGCUGCCUUCCCGUUCUGCUCCUCCCGUGCCACUGGAUGAGCCACUCCUUGGCCCUGGGCAGCAGCAUUGGAGGAAGCAUUUUCUCUCCAGCCCCAACACACGUCAAGAAGUGGAGAAGCCAAGCACUGUCCAGCCCCCGGCUUGGUCUCCACUACAAAUUCUCCUGCACAUCUGAGUUGCUUCCAGUCCCUCUGGAGCACUCCUGAUAUCAGAGGCUGGCUGUGACCCCACUGCCCCCUCUGCAGCUCCUAGAGGAGCAGGCUUGGGGGAGCAGUGGCCCCAAGGCAGAUCCUG